AUGCGUCUGGCAUCUCGGCCGAGGCGUUUCGCAUGUCGGCCGACACUCCUCAUGCCUUUGCAACGCUCGGCCGAUGCGUCUGGCAUCUCGGCCGAGGCGUUUCGCAUGUCGGCCGACACUCCUCAUGCCUUUGCAACGCUCGGCCGAUGUGCUUCCCAUCUCGGCCGAGGCGUUUCGCAUCUCGGCCGACAGUUCUCAUGCCUUUGCAACGCUCGGCUGAUGUGUUUCCCAUCUCGGCCGAGGCGUUUCGCAUCUCGGCCGACACUCCUCAUGCCUUUGCAACGCUUGGCUGAUCUGUUUCCCAUCUCGGCCGAUGCGUUUCGCAUCUCGGCCGAACCCUCAUGCCUUUGCAACGCUCGGCGAUCUGUUUCCCAUCUCGGCCGAGGCGUUUCGCAUCUCGGCCGACACUCCUCAUGCCUUUGCAAUGCUCGGCUGAUCUGUUUCCCAUCUCGGCCGAAGCGUUUCGCAUCUCGGCCGACACUCCUCAUGCCUUUGCAACGCUCGGCUGAUCUGUUUCCCAUCUCGGCCGAGGCGUUUCGCAUCUCGGCCGACACUCCUCAUGCCUUGCAAUGCUCGGCUGAUCUGUUUCCAUCUCGGCCGAAGCGUUUCGCAUCUCGGCCGACACUCCUCAUGCCUUUGCAACGCUCGGCUGAUCUGUUUCCCAUCUCGGCCGAGGCGUUUCGCAUCUCGGCCGACACUCCUCAUGCCUUUGCAAUGCUCGGC